CUCGCACAGUCUGCACACACGCCGAGUAAAAGAAAGGCUGGUACGUCUUUUUGCACGCUGAGCCGGCUGAGAUGAAGCACCACAAAGAGGAGGCUUUCUGCUGCUUGCAUGGAUUGUAAAAGGAAAGACAUGAUGAUUGUGAACCACGCGCUUUGUGUUUGCAAGCAGGCUGGUGGUGCUGCUGGCGCUUCACGGUGAUGUGAGGAGAAGGAGGAGGAGGUAGGAAGGCGCUCCCUCGUCUUCUAAGAGGAUAAAGCGAAAGGGAAAGGAGCUAUUUUUAACCUUGUGGACUGGACUAUCUUCCUGGGGCACCAUGAGUAGUGGGCCGGAUGAGAGUUCGGUGCGUGUGGCACUGAGGAUUCGUCCUCAGUUGGCCAGAGAGAAGAUCGAGGGUUGCCAUAUUUGCACAUACGUGAUGCCCGGGGAGCCGCAGGUGUUUCUGGGCAAGGACAAGGCCUUCACUUACGACUAUGUCUUCGACAUGGACACCCAGCAGGACGCCAUCUACAGCCACUGCACCCAGAGGCUCAUUGAGGGCUGCUUCGAGGGCUACAACGCCACCAUAUUUGCAUACGGGCAGACCGGUUCGGGAAAGACGUACACCAUGGGAACCGGCUUUGACGUCAACAUCGGCGAGGACGAGCUGGGUAUCAUUCCCAGGGCCGUCAACCACCUGUUCCGGGGCAUCGAGGAGCGCAGGCAGGCCGCCACGGAGCAGGGCAAGCCCGUCCCUGAGUUUAAGAUCAACGCUCAGUUCCUGGAGCUGUACAACGAGGAAGUGCUGGACUUGUUUGACACGACGCGAGACAUCGAGGCCAGGAGGCAGAAAUCCAACGUCCGCAUCCAUGAGGACGCCAGCGGAGGCAUCUACACAGUUGGAGUCACCACACGCAGCGUCACCUCUGCUGCCGAGAUGAUCCAGUGUUUGAAGCUGGGCGCUCUCUCCAGAACCACCGCCAGCACUCAGAUGAACGUCCAGAGUUCACGCUCCCACGCCAUCUUCACUAUCCACCUGUGCCAAGUUCGAAUGUGCUCACCAGACAACGAAAACACCACAGACAACCGGAUAACGAAUGACUCGGAAAUCGACGAGUUUGAGACACUGACGGCUAAGUUCCACUUCGUGGAUCUGGCUGGUUCCGAGAGGCUGAAGAGAACUGGAGCAACAGGCGACAGAGCCAAAGAAGGCAUCUCCAUCAACUGUGGACUGCUGGCCCUGGGCAAUGUCAUCAGCGCUUUAGGUGACAGAAGUAAGCGCUCCACUCAUGUGCCUUACAGAGACUCCAAACUCACCCGCCUCCUGCAGGACUCCCUUGGCGGCAACAGUCAAACAGUGAUGAUCGCCUGCAUCAGCCCGUCAGACCGCGACUUCAUGGAGACCUUAAACACCCUUAAGUACGCCAACCGAGCGCGUAACAUCAAAAAUAAGGUGGUGGUGAACCAGGACCGAGCCAGCCAGCAGAUCAGCGCCCUGAGGACAGAGAUAGCACGUCUCCAGAUGGAGCUGAUGGAGUACAAGACGGGUAAGCGAAUAGUGGGCGAGGACGGCAUGGAGGGGAUCAACGACUUGGUCCAUGAGAACUCCAUGUUGCAGACGGAGAAUAACAACCUGAGGGUCAGGGUGAAGGCCAUGCAGGAGACCAUUGACGCCCAACGAGCCAGACUCACUCAGAUGCUCAGUGAUGGAGCCAACCAUGCCCUGGCCAAAGCAGGUGAAGGCAACGAGGAAAUUGGGAACAUGAUCCACAACUACAUCAAGGAAAUCGAGGAGCUCAGAACCAAACUUCUGGAGAGUGAGUCUCUGAAUGAGAACCUCAGGAAGAUCCUUUCCCGGGCUUCCACUCGCCCCUCCUUGUACGCCGGUCCCGCCUCCUUCUCCCCUGCACUGUUGGGGCCUGAGAAGGAGGCCAGCGACGUCAUAGAGAUGGCCAAGAGAGAUCUGGAGAAGCUCAAGAAGAAGGAAAAGAAGAAGAAAAAGAGACUGAGGCAGUACCAGGAGAGUCACCACGAGGAUGCCAGUGCUGUUAAGGAAGAAGUUCCUGACAAUGACGUUGACGUGGAGGCCAGCGACCACGAGGAAGGCGAGGACUGCGAUGCAGAGGAAGAAGAGUCGGACACAGCUGGAGAGGAGACAUCUGAGGAGUCGGAGUCCGAGGAGCUGGAUGAAAAAGAGAGUGUCCAGGCCGACCUGGCCAACAUCACCUGCGAGAUCGCCAUCAAGCAGAAGCUCAUAGAUGAGCUGGAGAACAGCCAGCGUCGCCUUCACACGCUCAAACAGCAGUACGAGCAGAAGCUGGUGAUGCUGCAGAAUAAGAUCAGGGACACGCAGCUGGAGAGAGACAAAGUGCUACAUAAUAUGGGUUCAGUGGAGACGUGCACAGAGGAGAAGGCAAAAAAGAUCAAGGCGGAGUACGAGAAGAAGCUGAACUCCAUGAACAAGGAGCUGCAGAAGCUCCAGUCGGCUCAGAAGGAACACGCCCGGCUGCUGAAGAACCAGUCCCAGUACGAGAAGCAGCUCAAGAAACUGCAGCAGGACGUCAGUGAGAUGAAGAAGACUAAGGUUGCACUGAUGCGUCAAAUGAAGGAGCAACAGGAGCGCAAUCGAGCUACGGAGUGCAAAAGGAACAGGGAGAUAGCCUCUUUGAAGAAAGACCAGCGCAGAGCUGAGCAUCAAGUGAAGCAGCUGGAGGCUCAGAGGAGACAACAGGAGUUAAUCCUACGCAGGAAGAACGAAGAGGUGACUGCUUUGAGGAGGCAGGUGAGGCCAGUGUCUGGCAAGGCGACCAGGAAAGUCACCGUACCUGAAGCACUCCCAGAAGCAUCCCAUCGGAGCGCUCCAGGAAGGUCGCAUUCCUCUGGAACGUCAACGUCCAACGGCGCCAGGAGCUCUCCCGUGUGGAAAAGAAGCGUCUACCUCACCCGCACAGCGAGGGCCAAAUGGCAGUCACUGGAGAGACGCGUCAGCGACAUCAUCAUGCAGAGGAUGACCAUCUCAAACAUGGAGACGGAUAUGAAUCGACUUCUGAAGCAAAGGGAGGAGCUUACCAAGCGGAGGGAGCGAGUAUCCAGAAAGAAGACAAAGAUUGUGGCCGAGGGUGCGGAUGCGGAGCGCCCGCUGACCUCCUUGAACGAGGAGCUGGAGUCUUUGAGCGCCAACAUCGACUACAUCAACGACAGCAUUGCAGACUGCCAGGCGAACAUCAUGCAGAUGGAGGAGGCUAAGGAGGAAGGCGACCCGGCGGAUGUCACAGCAGUGAUCAGCUCGUGUAAUCUCUCAGAGGCACGCUUCCUUUUGGACCAUUUCAUGACAAUGGCCAUCAAUAAGGGUCUGCAGGCGGCCCAGAAAGACUCCCAGCUGAAGGUGAUGGAGGGCCGGCUGAAGCAGACGGAGAUCAACAGCGCCACCCAGAACCAGCUGCUGUUCCACAUGCUGAAGGAGAAAGCCGAGAUCAACCCGGAGCUGGACGCCCUGCUGGGUAGCGCGCUACAAGAGUUAGGUUACCUGUCACCAGAAAAUGGCGACGGAAGCAGCAGCGAUGAGUCCACCCCCAGUCCGGGUGCAGAGGGAAGCACACUGGCGUCAGAUCUGAUGAAGUUAUGUGGUGAAACCAGGCUGAGAAGUAAGGCCCGCAGGAGGACCACGACCCAGAUGGAGCUGCUUUACGCCAGCUCUGGGGAUCUAUCCUCCGACUCCCCCACAGGAGACUUCUCUGGCCCUUUGCUUUCCAUCAUUGAGCACCAGGACGGGCUUCCAGACACUCACAGAACUCCUGACCGUGAACAAACUGUCUCCCCGUCUCUGACCCGUCCAGUCGGGGUUUUCAGAUCCAGGUCACCAACGAGCACCGCUGAGCGGAGGCAGCUUGAGUGUUCGCCCCUCAGCCGCAGGAAACUGCAGGAAAAAGGGCCAACAGCCACUCCAAUUUGCAUGGGGGACGCAAAAAGUACAGGAAAUGACUACAAAACACUAGGUGUAAUCCACACUGUGCCGCCUCCCAAGACCACCAAGGCAGCCAAACUCCAAUGUGUGCACGUCGCUGAGGGACAUACCAAGCCUGUCCUCUGUGUGGAUGCCACGGAGGAUCUGCUCUUCACUGGAUCGAAAGAUCGAACGUGUAAGGUGUGGAACCUGGUGACGGGUCAGGAGAUCAUGUCUUUAGCAGAGCACCCCAGCAGUGUUGUCUCAGUCAGGUACACUUCCAGCCUCGUCUUUACGGUCUCCACUGCCUACAUCAAAGUGUGGGACAUACGAGAUUGUGCAAAAUGUAUCCGCACUCUGACGGCUUCCGGACAGGUUGCUACAGGUGAUACCUGUUCCUCAGCCGGAGGUUUUACAAUACCUCCAGGAGAGAGUCAGAUCAACCACAUCGCCAUCAACCCUUCCGGUUCUUUCCUGUACGCCGCCGCUGGCAAUACCGUACGCAUGUGGGAUCUCCGCAAGUUUGCAUCCACCGGGAAGCUCACUGGCCAUUUGGGAGCCGUCACGUGUCUGACGGUUGAUAAGUUGGGAAACGGGCAAGAUCUGGUGCUCACUGGCUCGAAGGACCAUCACAUCAAAAUGUUUGAGGUGGCAGAAGCCACUCAGGGUAGCGUCAGCUCCUGCCAUACGUUCGACCCCGCUCACCAGGACGGCGUGGAGUCCCUCACCAUGCACGGUGACUUCUUCUACAGCGGCUCCAGAGACUGCUACAUAAAAAAGUGGGAUUUGGCCAGUAAGAAGCUGCUGCAGCAGACAGCAAGUGCACAGACAGAUUGGGUCAGCGCUCUGGGCGUGGUACCAGGCUCUUCGGCCCUGCUCAGCGGAUGCAGGGGAGGUCUGCUACGCCUCUGGCACGCUGACUCACUCGCACCCCUCGGCGAGGUUCAAGGCCAUGAUAGUCCUAUUAAUGGCCUGGCCUCCAACAGCAGCCAACUGUUCACAGCAUCCGAUGACCGCACAGUGAAGAUUUGGGAAGCCAAAGGAUCCCUGGAGGAUGGAGUCCACUGACUACUACAAACCCUCAUUUUGCACGGUUGUCAGACAAUUUUAAUACUCCUGCUGCUAGUGCGACACUCGCACAGAUUUUUUUUUUUUCUACAAGACAUUUCUAUAUUUAACUGUAGCUUUACCAGCAAUAAUUGACAUUUUUCUGCGUGUUUUCCAGUUGAAUAGUGUGAUCCCUGGAAGGACCAAACUGCCUUGUGCUCUUAUUCUUCCUGCCAAACCAUACACUGUACGCCCAAACAGCAACAUAAACUGUUACCUUUGCAAAACGACCAACACUGACGUUCUCCUUGAGGGAUUAGAAUCAGUCCAAUAAUAAUAAUUUAAUAAUAAAAAUUAAAUACAGUGGUUCUCCAACCUGUAUACAGUCGUCCCUCGCUACAUCACGCUUUGAACAUCUCUCCCUCACUCUAUCACGUUUUUGUUCGUGCAUACCACCAGUGGUACUCGUGCUACAGUUUGAGAAUCACAUUGAACUGAUUAAUUUUAGGGACACGUAAUGGCUCGGAACUAAUGUACCAGUGCUUUUAACAUGCUCUUGUUCUUGCAUUUAUUUGGUGUGCAAAAAAACCUACAAUCUCAUGUUACAUUUGUUUUCUACACUUUGUUGGGCUUAGGUCUUUUUAAAAUACCCACUCCCUGGCCAUUUCAUUAAGUACACAUGCACAGUCUAAUGCACUCCAGAACGUAACAAGUCUGCUUUUUAUUCAAGGUAAUAAUGCAGAUGUUUGUUUGUCACAAUCAAAAAGUUGUGCAGGUCAUAUGACAAUAGGUGUACUAUUGUACUGGUAGUGUGCACUGGUAUAAAACUCUGGACUGUGCAAGUGUACCUAGUGUUUGUCGUCAAAUGUGACUUACAAAUGUAAGGGAAUUAACGAUGACUGUUUUGUUUUGCAACAGUGUUCUCUUCUGUUUAGUUUUCAGGUUGUAAUGUAAGCUAACGGCUUCCAUAAAGCACCUGCACCUCUGUCAUGACAGUCAUUUUUCAAUUCAUGCCUGCGGUGCACUUUUUUUUUUUAAGGAAAAAAGUCACUUUAUAUCCUUGUGCAUUGCUUGCAUCCAUGGCAAACAUGUCAGUGGGUUUUUUGUGUGUUCUUAUGUCCUGAAAAUGUGAGUGCACAUUGCUGUUAUUUGGAUAUAUUUCUGCUUGUUUGUUUCCGUUUUGUCAUAUCCGUCAGCAUCACGGCACAAAAACGAUGAGUUGAUGUCUGUGAUUAUUCAAAACAAAUUGAGAGGAAGCAUAUCUUACAAACCUCUUGUCGCAGUACUGAAGAACUGUCUGCAUUCAUUUGCACUUCACCGACAAUGACGAAGAAAUGAUGCCCAGAACUGACAAAUCUGACUUUUUUCCCCCCGGAUGAAUCAUUUUACCGUAUUGUCUUUUAUACAGUGUGAGUGUAUAUCUGUUUUUGUGGAAAUUUGUUCUCCUGCUGUUUAUCGUGUAUGAACGUAACUGAGGCUGCAGUGUGACAAUAAAUUUACAAGUUAGUACUUUUAACUUUUUCAAGUGGUGUAUUAACGCCUUAUGGCCACAUGGUGGUAGCAAAGUGCAACGACAUGGAAUCCACAAUGUUUUCACACA